GUAGAAGCAAGAUCCAGACUCCAGCGAGAGAAAAACGGGUGGUAGACCGAAUCAUCUCCACGUCUCGUUUCUACAGCAAUGGGAAAUCCAGAAAACAUAGAAGAUGCAUAUGUUGCUGUUAUUCGUCCAAAGAAUACUGCCAGUCUCAAUUCUCGAGAAUACAGAGCUAAAUCAUAUGAAAUUUUGUUGCAUGAAGUUCCUAUUGAAGGACAGAAAAAGAAAAGAAAAAAAGUUUUGUUGGAAACUAAACUUCAAGGCAACAAUGAAAUAACACAAGGCAUAUUGGAUUAUGUAGUAGAAACCACCAAACCAAUUUCUCCUGCAAACCAGGGUAUCAGAGGGAAACGAGUGGUACUAAUGAAGAAAUUUCCUCUGGAGGGAGAGAAGAUAGGCAGAGAAGCAGCAUUAUUUAUUGUUCCAUCAGUUGUCAAAGAUAAUACUAAAUAUUCAUAUACACCAGGAUGCCCAAUUUUUUACUGCUUACAAGACAUUAUGCGAGUUUGUAGUGAAUCCAGUACUCAUUUUGCAACACUUACAGCAAGAAUGUUAAUAGCAUUGGAUAAGUGGUUAGAUGAACGCCAUGCACAAUCUCACUUUAUUCCAGCUUUGUUCCGACCUUCUCCUCUUGAGCGGAUAAAAACUAAUGUCAUAAACCCUGCAUAUGCUUCCGAGUCAGGUCAAACAGAAAACUCACUACAUAUGGGCUAUAGUACACUAGAAAUAAAGAGUAAAAUGUUAGCCCUAGAGAAAGCAGAUACCUGUAUUUAUAACCCUUUGUUUGGAUCAGAUCUUCAAUACACAAAUCGGGUAGAUAAAGUGGUAAUAAACCCAUACUUUGGUUUAGGAGCCCCAGACUACUCAAAAAUCCAAAUUCCAAAACAGGAAAAAUGGCAGAAAAGCAUGAGCAGUGUCACAGAAGACAAAGAACGACAGUGGGUAGAUGAUUUUCCGCUCCAUCGGAGUGCCUGUGAAGGAGAUUCAGAAUUACUGAGCCAUCUUCUCAAUGAAAGGUUUUCAGUCAACCAGUUAGAUAGUGACCACUGGGCACCCAUCCAUUAUGCAUGCUGGUAUGGAAAAGUUGAGGCCACUCGCAUAUUAUUAGAGAAAGGAAAAUGCAAUCCAAACCUAUUAAAUGGACAGCUGAGUUCUCCUCUGCAUUUUGCUGCUGGAGGUGGACAUGUUGAAAUAGUACAGAUUCUUUUAAGUCAUCCAGAAAUUGACCGACACAUAACAGACCAACAAGGACGAUCCCCAUUAAAUAUUUGUGAAGAAAACAAACAAAAUAACUGGGAAGAAGCAGCAAAAUUGUUGAAGGAGGCCAUUAAUAAACCGUAUGAAAAAGUGCGAAUAUACAGAAUGGAUGGAUCAUACCGUUCUGUUGAACUGAAGCAUGGAAAUAAUACCACAGUACAGCAAAUAAUGGAAGGCAUGCGUCUCUCUCAAGAAACUCAGCAAUAUUUCACUAUUUGGAUUUGUUCAGAAAACCUUAGCCUUCAGCUUAAGCCUUAUCAUAAACCCUUACAACAUGUUCAUGACUGGCCAGAAAUACUUGCUGAAUUGACUAAUUUGGAUCCCCAAAGAGAAACGCCACAGCUUUUCCUAAGAAGAGAUGUGAGACUUCCUCUAGAAGUUGAAAAAAAGAUUGAAGAUCCCCUAGCUAUUCUUAUUCUAUUCGAUGAAGCCAGAUAUAAUUUACUGAAGGGCUUUUAUACAGCUCCUGAUGCUAAACUGAUAACAUUGGCAAGUCUAUUGUUACAAAUUGUUUAUGGAAAUUAUGAGAGUAAGAAACACAAGCAAGGUUUUCUAAAUGAAGAAAAUCUAAAAUCCAUUGUACCUAUUACCAAACUGAAAAGUAAGGCACCUCACUGGACAAAUCGAAUACUUCAUGAAUACAAGAACCUUAGUACAAGUGAGGGCAUCAGUAAAGAAAUGCACCACCUGCAGCGCAUGUUCUUACAAAAUUGUUGGGAAAUUCCUACGUAUGGAGCAGCUUUUUUCACCGGACAGAUCUUUACAAAGGCAAGCCCCAGUAAUCAUAAAGUCAUCCCUGUGUACGUAGGAGUGAAUAUAAAAGGACUUCAUCUCCUCAACAUGGAAACUAAGGCUUUACUAAUCAGUCUUAAGUAUGGUUGUUUUAUGUGGCAAUUGGGAGAUGCUGAUACUUGUUUUCAGAUCCACAGCAUGGAAAAUAAAAUGAGCUUUAUAGUACACACAAAACAGGCUGGUCUCGUGGUAAAACUGUUGAUGAAGCUAAAUGGACAAUUAAUGCCCACUGAAAGAAAUUCAUGAAAGGAAAAUAGUUUCUACGCAAGCCACCAUUUUGUAGUGCAGUUUUUUCUGUGAAAGAUUUCGUAAAAUACUACUUUUCAAAAGGCAUGUAGUCUCUUGUAAUAUAUAUGUAUACUAUCACACUGUACAGGAUCUGUACUUACAUUUAGUGUGUAAUAUACUAAUCAGUUUUAUAUGCUGUCCUCAUAAGCUAUUCCAAUUUUUUAGAGAAACACAAAAAUUUAGAUUGAUAGUCUGUUAUAUUAGACAAAAUAGUAAGCUUUAUAA